AUGAGAGCGAAGUUUGUGCGGUGGGUCGUGAUGGUGAUGGCAUUGGCCACCGGUCCGUUUUUGCCGUCGUUGAAUGGCGAUUUCGUGUUCGAUGACGCGGCCACUGUACUCAACAAUCCCAUUGUGAAUGGCCGAGGCAGCAUCAAACAGGUCUUCAGCACGGAUUACUGGGGUCACCCAAUCGCUUCGCCCCAAAGCCACAAAAGCUAUCGGCCGCUCACUACUCUAACGUUUUGGUGA